AUGAGGAUGAUCAUGGGGUCAUUCUCACUUAAUAGUCAUACGAAUACAACAUGGAUACAAAACGGUUUUACUAUAGCUGGUGGAAAUGGAAGAGGCGGUAAACUAAAUCAACUUCGAUGGCCUACUACUGUUUAUAUCGAUGAUGAUCAAACACUCUACAUCGCUGAUGUUAGUAAUCAUCGUAUUUUAGAAGUGAAAUAUGAUGGUGCUCAUAUUCAAGUGGUUGCGGGUGGAAAUGGAGCAGGAAAUCAGUUAAAUCAACUCAGAGUUUCUGUAAACUUCUUUGUCGAUAAAGAACAAUCUGUGUAUGUGGCAGACAGAGAGAAUCAUCGAGUGGUAAAAUGGGUGAAAGAUGCGAAACAAGGAAUUGUUGUCGCUGGUGGCCAUGGCAGUGGAAGCGCUCUAACACAAAUAUCAAAACCGUAUGGAAUCAUAGUCGAUCAAUAUGAAACUGUGCAUGUUACUGAUUCUGACAAUCACCGAGUAGUGAGUUGGCCUAGAGGUGCCAAAGAAGGAAGUAUUGUUGUUGGUGAAAACGGAGGGGGAUCGUAUGCAAAUCAACUUAGCUAUUCAUUUGGUUUAUCCAUUGAUCGGCAAGAAAAUCUUUACGUCGUGGAUCUUUUCAAUAAUCGAGUACAAAGAUAUGCUGUCAAACGUAGCUAA